AGCCCCACAACUAUUUCAUCUUCAAUACCUCCUAGUCACCAGUAUCCAUAGCCGUCAAGCUUGUGGAUUGGUUGUAACUACCGUGAACAGCGCAGCCUGGCCAGCUAAGCCAAGCACAAGUGCAGCUCCGAGAAAUUCCCAAGCGUAAAUACCAUAUCUACCACCUCUACGAACAAUGCGGAAGGGAUUCCCUUCUCCAUUUAUGAAAACUUCGUGUUGAGAAAGGUCAAGACGGACAGCUCAACUUCCUAGGACCAAGAGGGGAGUGUCAUAGGCGUAGAAGACCCUCUCGAGAGGCCACACUUAUCCGACCCAUUGGUUAGGGGAGGAUUCUCUACUCGAUGAGCGUAUUGGGUCGAAUCUUUUUCUCCGUCUUCAAAUCAUCAAAUCAUUAGAACCAGAACCCCUCCACCUGUAACGUCUCUUUUACGGAAGACUGGUUGAGACUAGGCGUUGGGCCAUCAAAGAGGGUUCUCCAAAGAGGGUUCUCUAUACUAGUCGACCAAUUUUCUAAGAUACGCCUUAACUUACAUUUGCCAUUAAAAGGAAUAUAUUCGACGCUGUUAAUUUAUUCAUUGCGAUAGCAUUUCCCCGAAUCGAACCUGUGCCGAGGCGGCGGCGCACGGCUUUUGUACGGAGGGGACUCAAAACCUAGUCGCCCAAGUUAACGCACAUCGAAUACUCCGCUUGACGAAUCCCUCCCAAUGAGUGAUUACUAUCAACAAUACUUGCCCUCAGCGGCGGGGACUGGGGAGUCACCAAACCUCAGCCCCCAAGAUGCCCAAUAUCAACCUCAGCAACAUUCUACACAUACGGGAAACAUCAGUCCGCCCUUAACAACUCCAUAUCAAAACUUAGGAUACUUCACCGGAUUUCCUGACCCAAUUAUGUUUCAGGCUCCCAAAGCCCAGAGCAAUCGAAAUCGCAAGAAAUCUGCGUCGGGGGCAGACCACGUCAAGCAUCGCCGGACACGAUCGGGCUGUUACACUUGUCGAAGUAGACGAGUCAAGUGCGACGAAACUCAUCCCAUAUGUGAGCGCUGUCGCAAAGGCAAGAGGGAUUGUGUAUACCCGGAAGCCUCUUCCGCAAAGGGGCAGGCUAGCGAGCCAGGUUCAUCGAAAGAUACAGGAGCAUUGACUCAAGAACCCAGCCCGAACUCUUCGCAAGACGAAGCGGACGAAGAAGGAGAGAAAAAUGUUCGGCUCGAGCCAAUCAUUGACGAAGAGGAACCUACCGAGGCAUUGUCACCGACCUCGUAUUUAGCAGGACUAAGAAGAACGAGUACGACGUCAACCUCAAACGCUUACAGGACUACGACAAGACAGAGUUCCGAAACGCCUUCCUUGGAGGGCACUAAAAGUGCUUCGCCAGCAAUUUCAACGGCUACUUCUGCAAGCAUUCCGAUUUCUUUCCAGAUUCCAGAUUCCUCUCUUCAGUCAGCCAUCCCCCGCCCGGAUUGGUCUCACCUCCCGACAGACCUACAGUCUCACCUAACGUACUUUUGCGAAAACAUCAGUCACUAUAAUUACGGGUUGGUUAAUGAUACGGACGACUUCUUCCGCUCAAUCCUCCCUAGUUUAGCAGUGCAGACCGGCAACGAAGCUCUUCUAAACGCGGUUGUGGGAUUCUCCGUGUACCAUCGGACUGUUCGAAAUCCCAACGGUAAAAUCCAAGACUUCUUACGAUACUAUAAUAAAAGUGUUACCUUACUACUAAGUUACCUCAAGAGACGAGAGAAGCAGGGUGUUGCAACGCUAUUAACCAUAUUGCAGCUCGCGACUAUCGAGGAAUACCUAGGUGAUUGGGUGAAUCUCAUGGGGCACCAGAAAGCCGCCUUCGAGAUUUUGACCCGGCUGUUCACACCCCAGACAAUCAUGAAUUCGCCUACGUCCCGAAUAUUGCUGACUUGGUACAUUCGAUUCGAUGUCUUCGUAGGAAUGAUGGGGGGAUUCGAAACAAGUCUACCGCGACAAUGGUUCUCAGCAGUUGUACGGUUCUGCCAGGAGCACGCUGAGAGGGACCCGGAGGACGUAGGGAUGAAAACAGAACUCCAUGCUUCUGCUUUACGACUGAUUUCUAGGGAUAUGUCGAUACUCUAUGCCAGAGGCGGUCGGGGCGAGAUAUCGGGUGAUAAUUUCGCCACGGAACACAAUCAUAUAACGGAACGCCUCUACCAAUGGAGAGCCAAUUUAGAUCCUGCUUUGACUGAUCCGAAUUUUCUCGUAACCGAUCUCCCGCACAAAGUCCCGAUAAGCGAAGACGACAUCGUCGAUCCUUACAAGUCAGGCCACCUUUACGAUUUGCCCCUAUUCUCGACCACCGAGUUAAUAGCGGAAUGGCAUUCUAUCCUCGUCAUGCACAAGAGUCAAGAAGCGUUCGCAUUGCAACAGAAGCCAUCAGAUGAGUUAAGGGGUUUGGCAUACGCUAUAUGCGAAAUUUUUGAAGCAGUAGAGCGGUGGCCUUCGGCACCAAACGGCGCCCUCAUUCCAAUUCAGGCCUGUCUCGCUAUUGCAGCGCUUUUUCUACCUCGAGACGAGAAACACCAUAUGUGGUUAAGGCGGAAAUAUGCAAUGUUGGAAUCACUAGGAUACGUUUUCCCGCUUACCAUACGAGCUCGAAUGGCGGAAAUAUUUCGCGAACCUUCUUGUAUACAGUGGUGGCUCCCAAACGACGAAGGACUAAGCCCCGUAUUACGAAGCAUCCGUGCUUUUGCGGACGAACGCAACGCGAAUCCUGUUUCCCAACAGACCGAAUCUCUCCGAGAAAUAAGCGCCAUCUUUGCGAAGAUGCGACUCGACCCCGAACACGAAGGCAUAUCAUCGCCCGGCGGCGAAUCCAAUAGCGGCGCCUCUUCUUACUGAGGUGAUAUAAUAAUAUUGUACUCGCGUGCGUGAGGCCAAGGCGUCACAAGAGAAUCGUAUCGGCAAGAAAGG